UAUUAAGAGAAGGUCUGCUAGACCUGUUAAGAAAAUUUGUGAGCAAGGAAGGAGAUGGGAAGGGACUCUACCAUAUAUGGAAACAUGAUCUGGUUGAGUUUCUUGCAAGUGGCCAUACCGUUUAUGCUGGGCUGGCUUUUGAUUUUGUCUCACAAGUUGAAUUCAGCCUAAGUGAACGAAAGGCUGCUCAACUUUUGUAUAACAGAACUGUGAACUUUUAUGGAGGGAAGAGCAAUAAUAUGCCAAUAGAUUAUGCACUUGAACUCUUGAAUGGUGAGGUGAAGCCUGACCUUAAACACAAAUAUGGGACUUUGACAAAGCAGACAAUAGACAGGGUAGGAAAAUCAUUGAAACCAUGCAGAAAUGUAGAACAUGCAAUUGACAGGCAGCUAGAGAGAUUCACAGCAAUUGGGAGGCAUAGAGAAAAUUUUUAUGAAGAAGAUGUGUCUUUAAUGGUUAAUGAAUUAAAAGAAGAAAACCUGUUUAAAAAGGUUCCAGGGAGGUAUCAUAAAAGUUUUGAAAAAAUAAAAAACCAAAGAAAUAUCAAUUGGUGCAAGGUGAACUCUUGGCUAAGUGGCAGAAUAACAAUGGCUAGUAAAGAACAGAUUGCAAAGAAUAAUUCAAGAUUUAAAGUAAAUAGAACUACUGAAAGCAUUAAUGUUUAAUUUAUUUGUUUCAAAAUAAGCCUAUUUGUUACAUACUUGUGUUAAAACAGACAACAUAAAAUUUGAACAUAGGUAGUUCAUAAUGAUCAUCGCAACGACAUAAAAUUUGACCGUCACUGACAACCUAUAUUAUGAGAGGUAAUACCCAAAAAAAUAUGCAACUACAAAUACACCAUAUAGAUCAUUUACAUGUUUAUUCAACUUUUUCAAAUGAAUCGCAAGUUCUAAAUAUGGGUUUAUUUACAUUGCAUGAUUAUAUUACAUAAUAUUACAUAAGAAACGUUAUUAAAGGACUUGUGCCACCUAAAUUGGUACAUAAUUUUAUAAUUGUAAAUAAUAGCUAUCUAAAAAUGUCUGCUAAAUAUAUUCUUCAAAUAGUCUUUCAAGUAUUUAUCAACACUUUUUCAUUUAAAGUUUACUUAAAGUUUACUAGGGCCCAGAUUGGAAAGUUAACUAUGCACUUAUAUUUGUUAACAUAUAUUUAUAGCUGGAACUCAUAGCUGUACAAAUCAAACUUGGCCACUGGACCACUGCAUCAAGGGAGGUUAUGGGGGCAGUAGCAAUGCCUCUCCAAAUAUUCUUUAGUGAUAAAAAAUUUAUACCCUAUCAUCUUCGGAUAGGAACAGGUGACACAGGCCCUGUGCUUUAUACAUUUAAAAGUUAUCCAAAUCAAUUGAAUUAUAAUCAAUAUUUUAAUAAAUGAAUAACAAUUACAAACUGUCUUAUAUAUAAAUUACAUUCAAAAGAUAAAACUUUGCGAUUGAGCAGAAAAAGAUAAUAAGCAGAUGUGGGGAAUAGUCUAGGCCAAUUAUCAUGCUUUAACUGUCGUCAACCCCUUUCGUAUUGAAUGGGCAUUCAAGUGCUGUAAGGAAUCACUAACUUACCAGUGAGAGAUGCAAUGUGCUUCAUCAACAACAACUGUGGAAAUUUUUUCACUAAAACUUUUUGAUGAAAUAACUUCCCGCCAAUUUGAAUCAAAUGCUGCCUCUGGUGUAAUAAACAAAACCUGUAUAUCACCGGACCUUACACGCUGCUUAACACUAAUGUCGGCCUGCAAUUCGCCCACAAAAGCUGCAUUAAUGCCAAAUUUGGCGAAACGGUCAGACUGCUCUAGCAUAAGACUGGCUAAAGGUGAUAAAACUAAUGUUUUACUUUCGAACUUCUGUCCUGUUGUUGGAUUACAUAGGGAUGUCUUCAAAGAAAAAAGUUCGUGCAAAAAUGCAAAACACAAAGUCUUUCCACUUCCAGUAGGAGCGAACACAAAAACAUCCUUUCCAAAGUACACUUUUCGGUAGACUUCGCGUUGAAAAUCUUUGAAAACAAUACCGUGUCUUCGUUCAAUUUCGCUUAUAAUACGGUCGCAGUUAUCCGCCAUUACUCGACAAUACAAUUUGGCGCGCUAACUAACACGGGGGUAAGGAUGGUUUUAAAAAUUUACCUCGUUAUGAAAAAAUUUUUGGUGUCAGCCAAUCAGAACGCUGCAUUUCCAAAUACUGCUCUGUGAUUGGUAGGACAAAAAGUUGUCCUGAGCGCCAGUUUUUGAAUACUUUGGAU